AUGUCAUCGUCUAGUGAAAUAGCCAAAGGUCAGAAACCUCCAUUCGCUAACCUUUACGAGGUGAAACAUGUUGCUGAGAAUGCCUGCAAGGCCUGCAUUUUGUGCUUCAAACCAACAAACACAGUUUUGAUAACGGGAGACAAGAAAGAUUGGUUCUAUGUGUGCGAUGUACACCUGAAAGAUAAGAACUUUGCAAAACUUGUUUACUGCAAUGGUCUAGGUAAAGAUACAGAGGCAGAAUGGAGAAAAUUGUGCGGUACGGUGGAAAGUUUGCAAAGGGAACUCCGUAAAUUAGAAAAAAAGGAAAGAGACAAGUUGGCAAAGGAGAAGAGCUGGCUUACGGUGAUUCCGAGUUGGGGGGCCAAAAAGGAUGAGUCGUUGAAAGAUGAGGGGAAGGUCAAAGACAAAGAAAAUGGAGAGGAAAAUGGAUCCACACCUGAAAGUGAGAAGGCCAGCAGGAGCAAGGAGGUUGUGGCCUCUGAGCUGCACGAUGGAGAACAGAAGCUUGCGGCUUUUGAGCGGGAAAACAUCAAGUAUCAUCUAGAACAGGUUUUCUAUCGGGGGCGAUUACUACAAGAUUUCAAGAGGAAGAAGCAAGCGGAGAUUGAACAAAAGCUGGCGGCCGGGACGCUCUUUCCGACCCUGGAUGGGUUGUCUAGUCUAAAGAACUGA